AUAACUUCAGGCGCUUGAACAUUUGUGAAACAAAGUUUAAUGAUAACUGAUUUCCUUAGUGGUCUAGUAGCAACCGAUUUUAACAAAGAGCGCUCAUUGAUUACUGUUCUGUAGUCGAGGCAUCUAUAAUUACAGAUUGAAGAUGAGAUUACUUUUGGUUGUAUUCACUUUUCAUUUACUGAGAACAUGUGAAUCCGUUAAACGUUGUUCGAUGCCAGAGAGACCAGAAAAUGGCAACUUCUAUUUUACUACCAGAAGAGAGAAUAAAAUUGGCGGUUUUGUCAAAUUCACCUGUGAUCCCGGCUACGAUUUGAAUGGACAAAAAAAAAUUAAGUGCCUUAAAUCAACAAAAAAUUGGGCAACCAAGUUUCCUACAUGCGAAAUUGAAGAUUUUUCUCAGUGUGGAAUUAGCGGUGGAAUUGGCGGAAGCAACUUACAACGAUCAAGAAGAGUGGUUGGCGGUGCUGACGCCAGACCCGGGGCUUGGCCGUGGCAGGUUGCUUUCUAUGACAAUGCACAAAAUUUCUUCUGUGGCGGAAGCUUAAUUUCUAAUGAGUGGAUUUUAACAGCCGCGAAUUGCUUCGACCAAGACCCAGGACCUAUGAGUGUAAGGGGGAAAGAUUGGAAAACAACGACGCCAUAUAUGGGAUUGACAAACCGAGCAACCGAUAGAAAAUCGUCAAAUACUUCCAGAAUUAUAGACUUCAUAAUGCACCCACUUUACAACACUAAAGAAUCCCCCAUAUUUGACUAUGACGUUGCCUUGGCUAAGAUAGAACCGAUUAAACUUCAUCCACAAGUAAGAACCGUAUGUUUGCCCGGUGUGACUGAUACAAAUCUACAAGAAGAGUACUCAUUAGAAUGGAAGCCCAACCAAAAAGAUUAUGUCACAGUGACAGGCUGGGGAAGAUUGGGGUUUAACAGGGAGAAGGCAGCUAAGCUUCAGCAAUUAGACCUUCCACUUGGAGUACAUGACAAAUGUAGAAAAUCGUUAGGCUUAGCUGGAGAUGAAUUUACCCAUCAAAUGUUCUGUGCUGGAGGAGAGGCGGGCAAGGAUUCAUGCGCAGGAGAUGCAGGAGGACCAGUGGUCCAAAAAAGAACAAACAAUGGUGAAGAAAGGUACGAAGUUGUAGGAAUAGUUAGUUGGGGAAAAGUAGAUUGUGGCCAGGAGGGCGAAUAUGGGUUUUAUACACACGUACCAAGGUUACUUGAUUGGAUUAAAAAUACGACUGGACUGGAAUAAACUAAUACGCACUGCAUGUUUAGGCCUACGUACCUAAUUAUAUUGCAUUAGGAUAUUGUAAAAGUUACAAGAACAGGACCAUACAGAUGAUUGAACCAUACAAAUGAUUGAACCAUAUUAAUACUGUAGUACUGUACUGCAUUAUCAUGCAAUAUGCCUAUCGUAUUUGAAACAGAGAAUUGCUUUAUUUAAAUUAAGCGAUAAGAGAAGCAAACUGGAUCUACAUUAAAAUUAGCGUAAUGAUUAGUAAUAAGGCUAAAUCUAAAGCGAAAAGACGCCGAAUAUAUUUCACUUAUAUGCCUAUUUUGACCGAUAGGAAAUCCUGAUUCGCAUACAAAAUACUUAACCAUAAUCCUCCAUGCAUAAAGCAUAAUGGAACUCUUUAAAUAAUAAUUAUUAUUUAUAAAUAUGGAAAAUGUGUCUUAAAAUAUUCUGAUCGUUGUUUUCAUGACUUUUACAAAUAUUGCCUUUUAUGCGUGUUUGACGUUUGUGAAAACUGGAAUAAAUCCGUACUGCGAAUAUGGUAAAUGGCAAUUUAGGCCAAAUAAAAAAAAAAGACUGGUUUCUCGGGACCUAGCGCAUCUUGGUAAAAGUGAGAGAGUAAUAGAUGUUUCCCAUCGAUCAUCUUGGAUUUGCCAUCUCGGAGCAAUGAAAAAGUGUCCUCACUUUACAUAUUUCAAAAUAUUAUGACUAGAAACUACCUUUUUGUUUUACUUGGCCUUAUAUAACUUCAUGGAACAACUGAUCAGCAAAGAUGUAUCACUAGGAAAUUACUGAUUUCAUAUUGGAUGUAUUUUUUCUAUUGAAGUAUAUAGUAACCUUUAUAUGGCAUAUCUAAUUUGGUUAUUCACCCCAAAAUUAUCAAAAUCAUUCUUGAAUUAAUUCAUUUAGUUUAAAUAAAAGAGGAAAU